AUCUAACCAAGGCCCAAGGCUCUAAAACCUAAAACCAAGGCCCUAAAACAUAAAAGUCUAAAACCUAAAACUAAAACCUAGAGCCUAACACUACUAACAACUCUUGUUCCGAUUUCGGGUUGAUUGGUUCCGAUUAUAUCCGUUUUGUUUUGUGCGUUUUUAACCAAAUAUAUUGACCACAUCACCAGCUUCAAGUCCCUAACUCCUUGGUCGUCAGUGAAUAUAAGAUCUCUAUGGUCAGUGAUUCAAUCGUUCAAGGGCCCUGAUUCAAGCCUUUGAUUCUUGAGGGCCCUGGAUUGCGCACCUCGUACCUCAUGAAUAGUACUAACCUCGUGAACGUCCUAGACGUGACAUCUCUAAGAGCGUAGCCAGCGAUGAGCGGCUACCCUCAGUCUGGCUACCCGCCGGGUCCGGGAGGCCCAUACGUCUCCCAGCCGAGCGGGAUGGGAGGCCCGCCUCAGUACCCUGGCCAGGGCUACCCGCCGCCCGGCUACCCACAGGGGCCGUACCCUCAGGGGCAGUACCCGCAGGGUCAGGGGUACCCCCAGGGACCGUAUCCCGGCCAGGGGUACCCGCAGGGCCAGCCGUACCCGGGCCAGCCCUACCCCGGACAGCCAGUCAUAGUGCAGCAGCAGGAGCGCCGGGACAGCGGCGGCGACGGCUGUCUCAAACAGAUGGCCAUCUGCUGUGGUAUCUACGCCUGCCUGUCCUGCUGCAACCCCUGUGAGUGGCUCGGCUGUCUGCUCGGCUGCGACGACUGAACGCAGACUGCCGAUCGGCCAGUGACUGACCGCGGGCAACGGGCUGAGACUGAGCGCGGACUGCGGCCGGAGACUGAGGCAGAUAGCGGCCAGAGACUGAGCGCAGAAAGGGCCGGAGUCUUCUCUGAACGGCCCGGCGACUGACUGUGCGCAGACACUGGACAGACAGCGAUGAGUGAACACUACCACCCAGACACUGUCGGGUUUAAACGAAGGAUGCUUUAGGGAGCCAGUCGGUGAUUCAGCGUGGAUCUAUGGGACAGUACGGACGGUGUGACUGCGAUUGUUGGAUGUCCUUCCACGCAGUGUAGCACCGUGACCGACCAGUGGAGGGCACUGUAGGACGUCAGCUGUUUGCACUUGGCACUGAACUCACGUUUAACGUGAUGUGCACCCCUAAGAUUGAGUGUGUCGUCGCUGUGAUUUUGCAGAAGUGGUGACGGUUGCGCCCGCCACACGUUUGAGAUAUAAGCAUUGCUGUGGCCGAGUUAUUUUUUCAAUUCAAUCGCCGCGCCCCAUGAGCCUUGGAAGUUGUAGGUAUAGGACGAAGCUGGGCGGUUAUUAGUUUAUUUAUUUUUCUGAUUCUCUACUGUGUUGGGGCAUGUGCGAUGCAGCGUUGCGAAAAAUGGUAUCACCGAAUGUGUGAAGCAUGCGAGCAGCGCAACCCUCUUUAUACACCGGCAGAGCUUCAGGAUACUGGAUGCCUUGUAUUGUGCUGUUCAUUCACGCAUGUUGAAGGUUUGUCGCGAGGCCUGCUGUCUCUGCUGGCUCACGCAUCUUAGUGCGCAUUUUCAUGUAACUUUCCUACGAGUAGGUAUGUUGCAUACUUUGUAACGGGGUAUGCUGUAUGCAAGCGGCAUCAAUUGAUAACUCCGCAUCAACUGAUGCUCCAAAUUAUCACCCUACUUUUGAAAGGACUUUUGGUAGCGUGUAAUUCAAGCCUUUAUAGGCGGCAAAUAAAAAGAAAAAGCGUGAUCGGAUUAAAAUAUUUCAGUCACCAUAUAUUCAUAUGCAUGGAGACUGAAAUGGUUUCAUCAUGUUACGACAAGAAAUAAAGUUUCCCAUCUUACCUAUUCGCCUGUACAUUUUCUUAAUCAUGCAUGUUAUGUACGCGACAAUAUAAUGAAAUAUAAUAAAG